UCUUCUCUCUGUUGUCAUGUGCUAAAGGGACUUUUCAUUAGCUAGCUUUAACAACACGUUUCUAAGAGCUUUCUGACACUCUUACCAGUUACCAUUUGUGUUUUAAAUAUGUAUUAACGUGUUCAUGCAGAGAAGGAAGAAUAAUAAAUUAAUAAAUAUAAUAAUAUAGCAACUAAUUGACUGAGGGAGUUAGUUAGUGUUGGCUAGACACAGUUAGCUUAGCAUUAGCAUCUGUUUUGUUCUGAGAGGAAUGGCAGAUAGGAAAGAGAAAACAUUCAGGUUUGUGGUCGUGGGAGGAGGCAUCGCAGGUGUGACAUGUGUUGAACAGCUGUCAUCCCAGAUCCCAUCAGCUGACGUGGCUCUGAUUACAGCAGGUCCACAUAUCAAGGCAGUGACCAACUAUAAACAGGUGUCCAAGACACUGGAAGAGUUUGAUGUGGAGGAGCGACCAUCCAGUUUUCUGGAGGAGAAGUUUCCCAACCUGACCGUCAUCCACUCUGCUGUCAAAUCACUUCACACACAGUCACAUUCUGUGGAAACUGCAGACGGUCGUGUUUUUGGUUAUGAGAAACUGUGUAUCUGCGGCGGGGGCAGACCAAAGCUCCUAACCCAGGACAACCCUUACGUCCUGGGGAUACGGGACACAGACAGCGCCCAGGAUUUACAGAAGCGGUUAUCCAAAGCAAAGAGAAUCGUUGUCGUUGGCAACGGAGGGAUUGCCUUGGAAUUAGUGUAUGAGGUGGAGGGCUGCGAGGUGAUCUGGGCCGUGAAGGACAAGGCCAUAGGUAACACCUUCUUUGACGCCGGGGCGGCGCAGUUCCUCAUCCCUUCACUGGAGGCGGACAAACCAGAAAGAGCUGCUCCCUGUAAGAGAACUCGCUACACCACAGAGGAACCAGCACCCGGAGGGUCCCAGACCUUCACAGCAGAUAGAAAUGCACGAAGGCGUGGCUCUGGUCCUACGGAGGCUGGCAGCGCUCUCGGCCCAGACUGGCAUGAAGGAUUAGUUCUACGAGGAGCAGAGAAGGUGUCCCGCAGAGUUUCAGUGGAAUACCAGUGUGAGAUGGAAAAGAUCUUCACCUCCGAGGAGCUGCUCAAUUCCCCUCAGCAAACACUCAGACCAGAGAAUGUAGGAUCCUGGCCCGUUUACAUCCAGCUAACCAACGGCAAAACAUUUGGCUGUGAUUUUGUCGUCAGCGCCACCGGCGUCGUGCCAAACACUGAGCCAUUUCUCCAUGGCAACAAUUUUGCACUGGCAGGUGAUGGCGGCCUGCAGGUAGAUAACCACAUGAUGACGUCAGAGCCAGAUGUGUAUGCUGCAGGAGAUGUGUGCACUGCAUGCUGGGAACGCAGCCCACUGUGGCAGCAGAUGCGUUUGUGGACGCAGGCCCGUCAGAUGGGCUGGUACGCCGGCCGCUGCAUGGCGGCGCACGUCCUUUCAGAACCAAUAGAACUGGACUUCUGCUUCGAACUCUUCUCACACAUCACCAAGUUCUUCAACUACAAGGUGGUCCUGCUGGGGAAGUUUAACGGGCAGGGGCUGCUGGGGCCCGACCAGGAGCUGCUGGUACGCUGCACCAAAGGCCGGGAGUAUGUCAAGGUGGUUCUCAGCGGAGGUAGGAUGGUGGGGGCGGUGCUGAUCGGGGAGACGGACCUGGAGGAGACCUUUGAGAACCUGAUCCUCAACCAGAUGGAUCUGACCCCGUAUGGAGAGGAGCUGCUCAACCCUGACAUUGAUAUAGAGGACUACUUCGAUUGAGCGUGAUGGGGGUAUGACUCAGCAACACAUUGAAGGCAGCGAGAAGGAAAUGUUGCACGUCCGAGAUAAUGGGUGUGUCCGAUUUUUACUUUACUUUAUUAACAACGAGAAGAAGCUCUCUGAUGAGCGACUAUCUUGGUUCUUAUUAAGAAACUUGUAAAUUUAAGAAUAUAUUUUUGCUUUAAAAUAAAUUAUUUUGAAAACCAAGUGUACUAAAGUAGCACUUGAGUGAUAUGUUUAGAAAAGGCAUGAAUGCAAAUGCUUCAUUAAAGCAGCAGUCAGCAGAAAUGGAGCAAAGGUUAUUUU